GGGAUUAACUUGUUUUUUAUGUCGCCAUAUCUGUCACAUUUUACGCCGCACAGCCCGAUCGGUUGCAGAUUAUUAGCGAACACUUGUUAUCUUCGUGCAGCCUGAAAUCACUGCGCGUAGUGCGUGUGGAGAGGCUGCGGUGAUGGCGCGCAGUAAAGCGUGAAUGCCUACAUGAAGAGCAGGCGUCGCUAUGAGAGCACGGUGCUGAUGUCCUGUCACACUGAUGGGGGCCGACGGUAGUAAAAACAGGAAGAGAACUUCUGAAGGGCAGGAGAAUGAGCACCUGUCUUCUGGAUGGCGUGGCUUCCUCUCCAACAUUGGGCUGUCUAUCCCAGCAGGCCUGUGCCGCCUGGCCCCAUCUGCCCUUCAUCUGGGCCAGCAUCAAAUGCUCCAGGGCAAGGCCCCCGAGAUCCCAGACCACGUCCUGAGGCUGGCAGGAGUUGGUCCACACAAACUGAGAGCAGAGUGGAGCCUGCCAGGGUUUAUUACCAUGUUCCUGCCCGAAUUCCCCCACAGAACUGUGCCUGGCCAUGAACACUUUCAGGUGUUGGGUUAUAUUGCCAAAGGUUCAUUUGGACCCAUUCUGAAAGUGAAGGACAAGGCCAAACAAAGGACAUACGCUGUCAAAGUCAUACCUAAAGCAGAGAUUUUAAGACUCGGGGUCUUGGAGCAGUCAAAAGAAGAAGUUAUAGUUCAGCGUCAGGUCCACCACCCAUUUGUCCAUGACCUCCAGGACUGCUGGCAGACACAGCGCCACGUCUACAUUAUGUGUGACUAUUGCAGCACAGGAGACCUCUACACCUACUGGCAGAUGAUUGGUCAGUUCCCAGAGGACACAGUGCGAGUGUUUGCUGCAGAGCUGGGAUGUGCGCUUGGAUUUCUUCAUGACUUUGGAGUCAUCCACAGAGAUGUGAAGUUGGAAAAUAUCCUGCUGACAGACAAUGGACACAUCCGGCUGGCUGACUUUGGGUUGUCCCGUCGCCUGGAGAGGGGAGGAAGAGCCUUUACCAUCUGUGGAACCAUCCAGUAUAUGGCUCCAGAGGUGCUGAGUGGUGGACCCUACAACCAUGCAGCUGAUUGGUGGUCGCUGGGAAUUCUGCUUUUCUCAUUGGCUACUGGGAAGUUCCCCGUUCCCCCAGAACCAGACCACUGCAGUAUGCUGAGGAAAGUGGGGAGUUUCCCCUAUGAAAUGCCCCUCAGCCUCAGUUCCCCACUGGCCUUGCUAAUAACAGAGCUUUUGUGCAAGACUCCCACCCGCCGCUUGAGGACCCUUGAUCGUUUCCAGCGGCAAACCUUCUUCCACGGAGCAACCUUUGACCUCGACCUAUUGCAGCGUCAACCUGUGGAGGUGAUUCUGGAGCUGAGGGAGAGACCGGACCGGCCUGCCAAAGCCAGACGAGGCCUCACUUUGUCUCUGCAGCCUCUAAAGGGCUUCGACUACGACUCACUCCUCAGCCCUCCCGCCACGCCACACACACAGCUGGAUCCCUGCGUAAACACUCACGCAGCUGCACCGCUGCCCGGCCCAGCACUCCUGAUGCAACCUGCAUACGAAAAAGGACCACGCAGAGAAGUGUUUGUUUAACAGAAGUUGAGUUUACAGUAUAAAGGCCUGCAUUUGUGUAUUUCUGCACAUUCGUUCACUCUUAUACACAGAAUCUGUGCACCUUUUUAAAAACUCUUAUUUUGUAAAAUCUGAAAUAACUGAGUCUGACUUAAUUGGAUAAACAUUUUAGAAGGCAAUCAUACAUUUGAGUGAAAAGCACCUCUUUUUUCCCACAUAUUUCAGUGAGUUUUAUGUUUUGUGAUGUGCUUAACACAACUUUUUCCUUUUAAGUGUUUGCCUUUCUCUGCUGUGCACAGUUUCAAUCCUAUUUGCCCAACAGUUGUGCAAGAAAGAUUGCACUAUUGUGCAUCCACUUUCCAGUAAACGGUCAUGGCUGCCAUGUUAAUACAUAGUGGACAAAUGCUAUCAAAUUCCCCCCGUGUGGAAAUGUCAUGCUUAUUGAUCAUAAUAUCAUAUAGCAUAUUUUUUUGUGGUUUUUUUGUGUUUUUGGUUUUUUUUAGAGUAGAAAGUUUACUUAUCCCUUCAGCAGAGGGAGUUGACUGCUAUAUUUCUGCUUUUAUUUUCAUGGUGUAAGAUAUUGCAAUCAUUCAAGCAGAAGUGGAUGGAAAAAAAAAACUUGUUGCCUCAUUCUGUGUUACCUUUGAAACUUGUGUUCCUUUACUGAUGCUGUGAUCCAACCUUUCCAAAAACCUGACCUUGACUACAUUUCUCGUCACAGUAUGAGAUUCAAAUGAAUAUGCCUUCCACCUUAUUUAGGUUCACCAUUUAUAACUAGUGUCUCAGGGGAGCGCUCACUGGUUUUCCCAUUCAGCCUUGAUUUGGACUCAAAGAUGGCGCCUAGCUGUGCAGGUCUGAGCUGGGACUGAAACAACAGCAUCUUUUACCUCCAGUUAAGAUUUUGAUAGAUACAGGGCUUUUUCUUUUUUCUGAGGCUGUGGUAACCCUUGCCAGUAAUCGCACCUUUAUGCACUUACCUGUUCAUCUGAUCAUGUAAAGCAUGCCCUAAUGUGUGCUCAGAAUGCCUCACAUAUGAGAUCCUGACCUUGCUUUUUUCACAAGAUGCUUGUGUACAUAUUUCUCUUUAUAAAGUUUUUAUGCAUUUUUUUGGAUGUUCUUUGGUGUUAUAUGUUAUGUUAUGAUGUAUUUUUGUAAUUGCCAUGUAGCACAGAUGGAACAUUAAACUCUUACUGUACAGUG